GGCCUAGUGAUCAUGGUCUGUAUUGCGCUUGAACAUUGAAAACGAAAGUAGGCAAGUACAGACAAAAAUGGCAAAAGGUUUGAUGACUCCAGAUGCUUUGAAGAUGAAAAUAGAAGCAAAUUAUGCAGCAAUAUUGAAAGAUGUUCAAGCUGAGGAUAUAAUGGAUAGAUUUGUCGACAAGGGCUACUUUACCAUUGCAGAUGUAGUGGAAGAAAUAAUGGCAAAGAAAACUAACAAUGAAGCAAUGAGAGUGCUUAUACAACUCCUCAAUGAACGUAUACAACAACCUGGGAUAUUAGAUUUCUUUUUAAAACAGUUGACCGAUAAUGGUUAUGACAAGUUAGCAAGGAAAAUAAGAGAAACAGAGAUAAAACCAAUUCAAGUGUCUGAAGGCAGAGCAGGUACAGAUAACCACAGAUAUCCACAGAUUCCGGAAGAGUUGAAAAACAAGGUCGUCACAGAAAAACAUGCCAUGUUCCUCGCAAGGACAUUUUCACCCGAUAAAGUACUCAAAUUUGGUGUUUUUCUUGGUUUCAAUGACAUCUCGCACGUCCAAGCAGAUUAUCGAAAGUAUGGAGAAUCUACAGUCGUGCAGCAAAUCAUCAUCAGGUGGAAAAACAGAACUGGUUUUACAGCAACACUUGGAAAACUACUGGAAAUUUUUGAGAAAAAUUCAGAUGACAUUGAGCUUAAUGCAACUGAAUAUGAAAAAGCAUUGGAAAAGAUUUCCAAGUCAUGAAUGGAUUAAUUUUCUUUACCUUUUACUGUUUUGUAAAUUGAUCAAUAUAUAUCAUGUUACACUAGUUUCCAUUCCAUAACAAAUCCAUUCAGGGCUUUAAAGUUUCAUUUCUAAUAAAAACAAAAACAAAACAAAAAAUAAUGAAAAAAAUAAGUAAAUUUUCAUCCAUAAACUAAUUUAAGGUAUAGUUUUAAGCUGCACUUUUACCUUAAUUAAAUGUAAAAUCUACUAGCUGGUGGAAUUUCACACCACAAUAUUUAUACAGAUCCUUUUUAUGUUAUAAUUUUGAGUAAACAUAAUUUUAAUUAGACUGGUGGACACAAAGUUCCAACUCACAAUCAAUAUAUCAUUUAUAUAUAUAUAUAACAUAGUAACACAAUUGACGAAAGAAGACAACGUUAUGACUCGUGCCCUGACCGGGCCUCGAACUCACGAUCUACGGCACCUAAUCGUCUAGCCAGAAAUACCUGCAGCUUAUACCGCUGCGCCACAUCGGCGUUCUUAAAAAGUAUGUUUCAAUGGCGCAGUGUUGGUCGGCCCAAUAUCCUGACAUGGUCAUAGUUUAAGUCGUCUAUUAGAUGAUAUGAAUACCUGGAUCGCAAUGUAUUUACAUACAUGGAUGCGAAUUGUACACAUAUUAUGAAUAUUCAUCAGAGUACAACUACGACAAGAAAUUCAAAUCCAAAGUACCAUCCUGACGAUGGUACUUUGUAGACACAGGCUAGCUUUGAAGGUGAUAUUAAAAUCAGAACCCUUCGGAUUAGGCGGUCUAGUGGUAGGAUGCAGGGCUACAUACAAUGUAGCCGAAUGGUUGCAAGUUUGAGUCUUGCCACUGGCACUGUAUUGUAUCCUUGAACAAGAUACUUUACUCUGUUGUGUUCCAGUUGACUCAGCUGUAGAUGAGUAUGUGGUACAGGUAGGGUAGUACAAGAACUGUUGUGUGUAAGCUGUUAGGGCCAAAAUGUCAGCUCCCGCUGUAUGCUUCCCAGGGAGUUGAGAAAGACCCAAUAACCACGGAUAAUAAUUUGUGAACCACAUUGGGACGGCUAUGUUGCUGUGAUACAGAGGUAUAUAAAACUCCAAACUAACAAUUAUUAAUCAUAAUUCCACUGAACAAUAUAUACAAUGCAUUUCAAAGAGUAAUUGGUGUUAUUUAUGAUGAAGGACCAUUUGUAUGUUUUAUAAAUGGUAUGUUGUAGUGACUAACUAUUGUAUAUGAAAUUACAUGAAUUAAACAGGGAGCCCAAAUUAAGCUCUUACCUGUCA